GAUGGUGACUUGGGGUUGGACUGUCCUCUCUCCCCCUCUUCCCUCUCCAUCUCUCGCCUUGAUUUGUCAAUGAGACCCAGGGAGCUGAGGCAGGCAGAUGGGGAGAGUAUGGUGUGGAGAGGAUACACCGAUCUGUUCUGGAGAACUUCGAGUGUCCACCAGGUUAACGGAUCGGAUGCAGAUUUAAGAAAGGGCGUUUAUCUAUGGACCGGGGCUGGACGUAGGGGUCCCAGAAAAUGGAACCAUUGGAGAAAUGGCACAGAGACUUGCUGGCACUAAAGCUCCUGGACAAAAAGCUGAACUCCAAGAAUAAUGGAACCACAGGAAUGGUAGCAAAACAUCUCCAACAAACGUUUAAGACCAGCGACUGCCCGCAAUCUUCCAUCCGCUCAGAAUGUGGCACAGGUUCAUGUCCAGACCUAGCGAUGAAUAGAGACGAGAGACUGGAAUACAAACUCGUGACCAUGACGUCCACUCCCAAGCUCCCGGUCCGAUCCCAUCGGCCCCUCUGCCUCUCCGUCUCCUCUGACGGGAACGGGAGAUACAAGCCUUUGGAAUGUCAGGAAUUCAACAGCAGCUUGAAAUCCCAGAUGGAGCAGGCGUACACUGCGGGGGCAGCGAGCAGUACUGGAGCCCUGGAGAGAGCCUCCCUGUUCUGCGCCUCGGGCUCUAACACAUUAAGCCUGUCCGGCUCCAGUGAGACGCUGACCAAGACCAAGUCCUCGAGCCGCUUCUCCCUCUUCUCGGCGCCUUGGAACAGCAGCUCGGAGUCCGACUCCAACCCCCCCUCCCGGUCCGGCUCCAGGAAAUCCAGGAACCACAGCCGCAAGGUCUCAGCCAAGACAGAGAGCGGGGCGGACAGGAAGCAGGGAGCUCCGGUACAGACUCCCACACAGGCCCCAGCCCCAGCUCCGACCUUGCAGUACUCUGAGCCCGUCAUUGCUCGAGUGACCGACUGCAUUUACGUGGGCAACCUGAACGCUGGCUACAGUGGCCGCACACUGUGCAGAAACAGCAUCGACAGCAUCAUCGACGUGAGCAACCUCCCCGGGGAGCUGAACAUCUGCCUGAUCCCCUGCACCUGCUCCAGGAGCGUCAGGCAUAGCUGGUCGCGGCUCAAGGUGGAUACUAACUGGGACACUUUCCCCCUAAAGCGCCAGUGCUUCGAGGACAUCAACGAAUGCAUCAACGCCUCGGCCGGCAAGGGCAAGCGAGUCCUGGUUCACUGUCGGGACGGCUAUUCCCUGGCCCCCACCUGCGUCAUACAGUACCUGAUGCAGAAACAGGACAUGAGGCUGAUCAAUGCGUACGAGCUACUCAAGGCGAAAUACCCGCUCAACAUCAAGGACUGCCACCAGGACCUCCUGGUCACCCUCGAACAGAGCCUGCGUCCCGGGGACACACAUCCCGACUGCUUUAAACAAGCCAUCUCCCGCAAGACAGCGUGGACUUAG